AUGGGAUUGGUAGAUUAUUCGGAUUCGGAAGAUUCAGAUUCUCCAGAGAUUACUGCAUCAAAGCCAUCAACAUCAACAUUCGCAACUGGUAAACCUGCAUUCCAAAAAGUUGUCGAUAGAUCAAAUCCUGGCAAAAUUCGGGUUUCAUUACCACAAGCAUCUUUGAAAGACGAUACCAAAACCGAUGAGCCUCCAACGAAGCGCGCAAAGACAGGUGGUGGAGCUUUCAGUGGGUUUAAUUCAUUCUUGCCAGCUCCAAAGAGAACAGGACAAUCUACAAGUGCGACAUUAGGUGGUGGAAAUGGGCCGCGAAAGAGUGGUUUGGGAGCUGGAGUUAGUUUGAAGACUGGUGCAGCUCCUGCUUUUAGUAGAGAACCGGAACCGGUACAGGAGAGAGAAUACACAACGGAAGAGCCUGCUGAAGAGGAAGAGGGAGCUAGUGGAUCUGGAUUCAAUUCACCUCCUCCAAGCUCCUUGGUCGAUGGACAGAAACCAGCAGAUGAAGUCAAAUUGGUCGGGAAACCAUUAAUGUUCAGACCAUUAUCCGUCGCGAGGAAGCCAGCAAAAAAGAAGCUCCAGAAGCCAAAUUCAAAUGCAUCUACGCCUUCUACUUCCACUUCAACACCACAAAUUACCACACCAGCCACUCCACAAAAUACCGGGAAGGUAGCGCCAAAACCAAAAGUAUCCUUAUUCUCUCUAGAAGUAGAACCAGUUAACACUCCAAAUGCCACUUCAAACGGAGAAUACACACCACUACUCUACCAACCCACCCCUUCCAAAGAACCCAUAUACGAAGAGUACACCCCAACAACCAACCACACCCUCCCCUUCGCUCCCACGCCUCCAAUUAACAACCACAACACCGAAUCUCUCUCCUCUAUAGCCGACACUCUCCAUCUCUCCGCCGCCGAACGUCGUCAACUCUUCGGUCGUCAAAAAGGUGGUGGUUCCGGCCCACAGGCUGCAACAAAAAUCAUAAAUUUCAAUACAGAUCAAGAAUACGCACAUAAUGAAGAACUCCGCGCUGCAGGAGAACAAGUUGUGCAUAACCCUGUCAGAGCAAUCGCGCCUGGUAAACAUAGUUUGAAACAGUUGGUUGGAGCGGCGCAGAGUCAGAGGGAAGCAUUGGAGGAGAGUUUUGCGACGGGUAGGAAUAAUAGAAAGGAAGCGGGGAGUAAAUAUGGGUGGUAG